UAAACCCUUGCUAUCACCGGCUCACCACUGUCUCGUCCUUGUCGCUCUCUUCGCCUCCAUGGCCGCGUUAAGGCUAUCGUGCUUCAGCUCAUUCCUCUGCCAUCCUCUCCGCUUGCGCCCUUCUUCCAUCUUCAGACUUGGAUUUCCAUCCAAAGCCCCUCCCCAUUUCUACGCCACCAGCUCCGUAGUUGCCCUUGAAGGCUCUGGCAUUGCUCCUCAUCCAUGGCCUGAAUGGGAGCGCUUUCUUGAUAAGCUGAAGUCCAAGGGAUACUUCGACAAGACGCUUCCUGCAGGUGAGGGAGAAGACGGUGUUGCUGCUGCAUCGGAUGAAGCUUCAAUGGAAUUGCAUCAUGUGAAGGCUGCUUGUCUCAGUUUCGCUCGCGAGCGCUUUGAUAUUUUUAAGUCUCUUUCCAAAGAAGAUAUAAACACUAUUGUUGAAUUUGGAUGCCCUAAUUUAUUUCGCAAAACUGUUAAUUCAGCAAAAAGAUUGAGAGCACAUCUAAGGAUUGAUGAAGGAGAUGUAUGUAGUGCAUGUAGCUUAAGAGGAUCCUGUGAUAGAGCCUAUAUAAUUUCCAAAGAAGAUGAAGCUGCACGAACUGUAGAUGUCGUGCGUAUAUUAUUGAGCUAUGCAGCAAACCCAAUUGCCGUUUCUGGAAGGGAGAAACCAUCUGAAAAUAAGGUUGAACAGUCUGCUCGCAACUUGCUUUUGGAGCUUUUCAAACUAAGUGACACAAUCCCAGAUCCUUCUCUUCCAAGACCUGCAAUAUUGCCCUCUACUCGAAAGGAUCCAGCUACUCCCAAAGAAUCAUCUUGGAACAUCAAUACUAAGCUUGUGGGAGCUCAAAACAAUGAAAUGAAGAAAGGAGAUUGGUUGUGUCCCAACUGCAACUUUUUAAACUUUGCACGAAACAUACGUUGCCUGCAGUGCAAAGAAGAUGGGCCAAAGAGUGCAAACGAGGGUAGGGUGGGAAUGAAGCUGGGUGACUGGACUUGUCCAGCCUGCAACUACUUAAAUUUUGCACGGAAUGUUCGCUGUUUACAGUGCAAAGAAGAUGGACCGAAGAAAGCAAACCAGAGUAGGGUGGAAAUGAAGCUAGGUGACUGGACUUGUCCAGAGUGUAAAUUUAUGAACUUCUCGCGUAACAAGAAGUGCUUUCGUUGUCAAGGGCAGCGACCAAAGAGGGAACUUCAACCAGGGGAGUGGGAAUGCCCAUCAUGUGAUUUCAUAAACUUCCGAAGAAAUGACGUUUGUUUGAAGUGCAACCGUGAUCGACCAAAAGAUGAUCUCAACUCCGUAGGCCAUUUAUGGAGGCGACCCAACAAUAUCACUGAGGAUUAAGAUUCUGAUAUACUUGGCAAUUCCAGGAAAUGAGUAAUGGGCACACCGAGAGGAAAGGCAUCAGCGUCGUUAUGACAACCUCAGCAUUUCGCGAGAAGAGAAAAGUUUCAUUAAAAAGAUUUUGGCAAGCAUUUGGGAAGAAUUAAUUGUGUGGCUAUUUAAGUUAAAAGGUUGCCAGGGCCAUUUGUUAUAUAUGCUGCCCACAGGCAUUCGCUUCUUCAAUGAGCAUUUUGCUUCUUGUAGUCUACAAUAUUGAGACUUGACUCGGGUAUUGACUGUGAAACCCAGCGAGACUUUGAGUAUUCUAGUGGUUAGGAUCAAAGGUUUAACUGAUUUGAUUUGUUC